AUGGAAACGAGACAUAAUUUGACCUUUUUGGACAACGACGAAGACACCUCGGACACCAGCGUAGUUACUGAAGGUUGCACCCACAUCAACAAAGCAGUAGAUAUACUCAGAGUCAAAAAAGUAAUCGCCAAAUCAGGUUUUCUUACUGAUUGCCUCGACUGCAAACUUUUCCCUGAAGACUUACCAUCUUGCCUUACCGAUCUUGAUCUACAAACUCGGCUGAAUCUUUCUUUUGACGACUCAUUGUGGCUCUGUUUGAAAUGCGGCCAUCAGGCUUGCGGCAGAGACAAAGCCGCACACGCUUUGAAGCAUUACAGCACUGUAAGAAGCGAGUGCCACUCUAUGUGCGUCAACACUGAAGACUGGAGAAUUUGGUGUUAUGACUGUGAUGAUGAAAUUGGUAAUUUUAGUCCUAAUGGGAUUUAUAGGAAGAAGCUUGAUGAUGCUAUUGAAGAUAUAAAGAAAUUGAAUAGAUAUAAAAAGAAAACUACAUUGCCUACAAUUAGUACUGCUAGUGGGGCUUUGCCUAAAAAGGUUGUAGCCACAACAACAAUAGGACAACCAAUAAGAGUUAGAGGCUUGAGCAAUUUGGGCAAUACCUGUUUUUUCAACUCAGUAAUGCAAUGCUUAGGACAAACACCAUAUUUGGUCAAGUUGCUUGACGAAACAAGCUCACCAGGCCAGUUUUUCCACUUGCCAGGAGGCCAAUUGAAGCUAAAAGACAAAACUGAAAUCAAUUUGAAUCCUUUAGAAGGUGAAGCAGAAAAGUGGAGGCCUCUAGCUCAAACCUUAGCAGAAACUUUGCACGAGCUUCAAAGCGAUAGAGCAGGCGUUUAUAAUCCUAGAAACCUUUUGGAUAAAUUAUGCGGCAGGAUGCCUCAGUUUGCAGGUGGAGACCAGCAUGAUUCCCACGAGCUUCUGAGACACUUACUUGAAGCAGUACGUGAAGAAGAUCAGAAAAGAUUCAAGCUUGUUAUUCUAAAGCAAUUAGGCUUCAGCCAGAAAACAGAUCCUGCCACUGUAGACGAAGAAAAAAAGCAAAUAAUCAAAUUUUAUGGGCAACAAGUUUCAGAAAUGUUGCUGGCAACUGAGCAAGUUUUUCGUGGGGCUUUAAUCAGCACCUUACAAUGUCAAGUAUGCGACCACUUGUCCCACAGAGUGGAAAAGUUUCUAGAUUUAAGCUUGCCUAUAACAGAAAAGCAAAUGCCUCCUGUCCUACGAAGAAAAGCUGAAGACAGUGAAGACCACAAACCGUCAAAACACCAACUGAAAAAAGAAAAACGUGCAGAGAGAAACAAAAAGAGACAAAACAGGAAAAAUAAUGCUAAUAGUAGUAAUGUUGCAGAAACAAAAUCCGAUAGUGAAGAGUCUCUGAAUCAAUCCCCAAAUGCAGAUGCAGACGUUGAAGAUAAUGAUGAAGAUGGGCCUAGUAAAACAAUAAUAGCCUUGCCAGCUCCUGGAGAAGAUUUCCAAAUUGAGUCUGGAUACAAUUCGGAAAAAAUCGAAAACAGCAGCCCUGAUUCUAAUAGAAUUAAUUCCCCAGUUGAAGCUAUGAUUGAGGAUAGCGGUGUUGCAACAUGUAGCAACAUUCCUAUGUCGCCUAGUAACAGUGAGGCUUCUAGUGAGGCUAAUGUUGAUAUGGGGAGUCCUAAUAGUCCUGAACAUGAAGAUUUUGGCGUAUGUCAACGUCCAAUGUCCAGACUGGCCUUCGUAGAGAACAACAACAAUAAAAACAACGACCUCAAAGAAGUCGAUUUGGAAAAGCUCAGUCUAUUAAAUGAUGGCGAUUCAAAAAAGGUGCACUCCAUCUACGAACAAGAAACUCUAAUGGAGGAAAGCGCGUGCGCAAAUGAUACAUCUACUAGUGAAAUUAUGAUGGACCAAGACGAAGACGACGAAGAAGUCUACAGUGGCACUUUGGCUGAAAAAUAUCAAUGUCAAGAUGGCGAGUGUUCAGUACAGUCUUGUCUGAGUCAAUUUACCGAGUGCGAACUUUUAAUGGGCUCCAACAAAGUAGGAUGCGAUUUGUGCACUAAACGUGCCGGAAAUAAAAAGACUGUUUACACUGACGCAUCGAAACAGUUGCUCAUCUACAAUCCACCCGCUGUACUGAUUUUGCAUUUUAAACGAUUCCAAGUUUUCAGAUUUCGUUCAGCAAAAGUAUCAAAGUUUGUCAAGUUUUCAACAAUCCUGGAUCUUGCACCGUUUUGCUCCAAGCGCUCUCAAAAUCUCCCUUCAGUACAAAAUGGUCAAACAAAAGUCCUCUAUUCUUUGUAUGGUGUUGUAGAGCAUAGUGGUUCCAUGCACGGAGGCCAUUACGUGGCGUACAUAAAAGUCAGAGCCCCCCUAGAAGAAAACGAUCCGAGGUGGCAGUUUUUGCCCAAAAAUCAAAAAGAUAAAAUUGAAAGUUUGGGUACUGAACCACAAGCACCAUCUGGCAAGUGGUACUAUGUUAGUGACUCUUAUGUGUCUGAAAGUACAGAGACUAAAGUUUUAGCAGCGCAAGCCUAUUUGUUAUUUUAUGAAAGGUUACUUUAG